GUUUUAUUUUGAUAAGAAUGCUUCUGAUGCUGGGAGUAUACAUGAAAAAUGGAUUAAGUGGAAGAGAAGUUAUGAAAUAUACAGCAAAGCGUGUGAAAUAAGUAAUAAGUCUGUGGAGAUUCAAGCGAACAUAUUAUUGCAUGUUGUGGGUGAACAGUGUCGAGAAGUGUUAGAUCGAUGGCCUGAGAAAUGUACGACUGUCGAAUAUAUAUGGAAAAAGUUAGAUGAACAGUUUCAAACAAAGAAAAAUUUGACGGUCGAACGUCACAAGUUUUUUAUUCGAGAUCAACGUGAUAACGAAUCAAUUGAGCAGUAUGUGUUCGAGUUAAGUAAACUAGCUCAAAAUUGUGAGUUUCGAGAUUUGCAAGAGGAAUUAAUUAAAGAUAGACUGGUGUGUGGCGUGACGAGUGCCGCCAUUCGGGAACGUUUGCUCAGAGAGGAUGAUUUGACGCUUAAGAAAGCCUUGGAUAUUUGCCGCGCAGCUGUUGCAUCUCGCACCUAUUCGGAGAAUAUAAAGCCUGAAAGAGAAGAAACUUAUCAUACUCAUCAAAUAAAGCAGACGCAGAAUGAUGUUUUACAAAUAAGAUCGAAAAUGACGUCAUCGCGAGGCCGAACACGAAGCGAGGUACGUGACGCGGCGGAGCAUCGGCGGAGCGAGGACCGCGGCGCGGGGUCGCGGGGCCCGCGCGCUGCUGUGCUGCCGCCGCGCGCGCGCCCCCUGGCGGCCGGCGCUAGCCAGCGACGCGCCGCGCCGGGCGCGACCAAACUGUGCGGUUACUGUGGUUGUGUUCAUAAAAAGUUUGAAUGUCCGGCGUAUGGACAGAAGUGUAAUCGGUGCUUUCGAAAAAAUCAUUUUUCUCGCGUAUGUGGAGUGAAUUAUAUUGAGAACUCGGAUGAUGAGGAUAGUCAGGCGUCCGGUUAGAUGGGGUUUUGAAGACCAGCUUACUUAGCGACUGACCUGGGACUUCUUUGUUUUUUUUUAAUAUACAUAUAUAAUUGUUUAAAUUUUUUUUAUCUCACUUUUCAGUAAAUAAUGUGUGACGUGUGAUGCAUGUUUGUCUUUUCUUAUAAUUUUGUGUUGAUUUUAAAUAUAUAUUUUUUUUCUUUAUAAUUUUGAAAAGGGGGAAAUGUCCAUUAAUUAUAUUUUUAUUUUUUUAUGGGGAAAGAUGUGAGGGUAUUUGAUAAAAUAAAUAUGUGAUGUAAAAUGUCAGUUGAAAUAAAGUUAGUACAAGCUUAACGCUGGUUUCAUUGUG